AUGUUUGGGAAACGGCCCCGCCCGCGGCCUCCGGGACCUGGCGAAGGAGCCCCGCGGGGCGCCCCUGCUACCACCCUGCGCGGCGUCGGCCCAGUCCCCGCGAGCGCCCGGCUGCCCCUGCCCGUGGGCCGCACCGGAGCCGCGCAAGGCGACUGUUCAGCGCCUCGGCUCGGGGAUCCGACCCGCUGCGCACGGCGUCCGGUGGCCACAGAGAGCGGCCAUCGAGUCCCUCCCCGGCGCGGCGCCCCGGUCUCCCGGCCCGCCCGCUCCCCUUGCGGGGGGUCCCAGCGAGGCCGCCACCCCGGGGUCGCCGUCUCCACCUCUCCGCAGUCGGGGCAGCAGCUCGCCCCUCUUUCCCACAUAUCCGUCCAGAGGAGUUUCCCGCUCUCCGUGCGCGUGGCCCACCCCAGGCCCCUCCGGGAGUGCUGGCGCGCGCGUGCAGGGGUGUCCCGGGAGCGUCGUGACCCCAAGGGGGUCUUGCGGUUUAAGGAGCGGCCGGGGCGACGCCAAGUGAACCCCCCUCCCCGGGACGCACGUGCGUCCGGCCGCCCGACACUGUCGCCUUGGGGAGCCCGCGGGUUUGGGUUCGGGUCCGGGUCUCCUGGAGAGCUUUCCGCCGAGCGCCUCUGGGUUCUUCAGAGCCCCGGCGGCUGGCGAUCUGCGUUCCAGGCAGCCCCUUACCUUGCGGGAGGGUGCUCCAGGGCGAGGCGAGGCGCCGAAAGCAAGGCGCUGGGCCGCCUGCGUCUGCCAGGGCCGCGGGUCCAAGGCUUUCUGGAGGAUUCCGCGGCGGAGCGUGCGCGCCCCAGGCCAGACAGGGCCUGUGCCAGACGGAGAGUCCCUUCCCGCAGGAUCCCACGACACAGUUUGCUGUCACCUCUCCUUACAGAGUCUGAACGGUGCCGAACUGUCAGCACCAUCUGUCCGGUCCCAGCAUGCCUUCUGAGACCCCCCAGGCAGAAGUGGGGCCCACAGGCUGCCCCCACCUCUCAGGGCCACAUUCGGCACAGGGGAGCCUGGAGAAGGGGCUCCCAGGGGAUAAGGAAGCCAAGGAGCCCCUGUGGAUCCGGCCCGAUGCCCCGAGCAGGUGCACCUGGCAGCUGGGCCGACCUGCCUCUGAGUCCCCGCAUCACCACACUGUCCCGUAAGUCCUGCUUUUGAUCACAAGAGGGUUGAUCUGUAACCUGCAGGGCAGGAGUUUGUUACCUGGAUACCACACAGCCAGGAGGACAUGAGGUGUGGCCCCCCUGUAGUCACUCUGGGUUGAGGAGCUGGGGGUGGGGGCAUGCUUUGUAGAUGAGGCUCUGAGGCCAAGGCUUCCUUAUGCUGCAGCCCAGCGCCUAGGCCAGCACCUGGCAAGACAGUGGAUGCUCACGAGGUAUUUCCGGGAGCUGGAAUGCAGUGGCGCAAUCAUGGCUUGCUGCA